AUGAGCAAGAGAACUGAAACUCCAAGAUCAUCAAGCCGUUAUGAAUUGGACAAUAUAAAAGGCUAUGGUUCUCCUUCAUCCAUUGAAAAACCUCAACAGCAACAACAACCUCAGCCUCUCUCUUCUCUUUCAAUGAGUUUUAGUGCAUUAAGUGAAAGUGAAAAGGAGGUAAUUUUAAAUUUAUUAAGUUCCGUUCCUGAUGAUCAUUUAUCAUUCUCAAAAGAUGGGGAACGAAAAGUUAGAGUUGUUUACAAAGCAGACCAACCACAAACUCCUUCUUCUUCAUCAAUGAAUACUUCAAGAAUAUCAAACAUAUCUAAUAGUAAUAUUGCUAAUAUUGAAAAGAAGCCAGUAAGAACCUUAGAUUGGGCAUUACGUUUACUUGAUGAUAUUUAUAACAGUAGAUAUCAAUGUUUUUUAGCAGAAAUUGUAUCACCAGAUGGUUCUCUGGAAACAUUUUCAUCAUUUGUGUUUAAUCAUUUAAGCAAAAGAUUAGGAUUGGAAAGUUUAGUUAAACAAACAACAUCAGAACUUUUAGAAUGUGUAAAAUAUUAUAGGGAUGUUAGCAAACAAUUAGAAUUAUUUGGACUUUUUUUAACACCUUAUUAUUCUGCAGUGGAUUUAAUGUUCUUUUUAUAUUGUAGAUCUCAAGUUAUUAAUGAAUGUGUUGAAGGUAAUAAGAUACCAUAUGUUAAUAGAAAGAAGAAGGUUAAACUAGGUGUUGUUCCUCACUAUGUUCCAAUUUCAAGAAUUCCUUUCUUGACUAAGAAAUCUUUAAAAGAUCAACCAAGACAAUUAAUUGAAAAUUGUAAAAGAGAAUUAUUAAAAUUAAUAUCAAAAAAGACGAAAGAAUGUGAAGAAAAUAAGAAGAAGAAUAAGAAACCUAAUGAUUUUGUUAAAAAGACAUAUCUAUUUGCAGAAGAACCUAAAGUAGAAUUAUAUGAAUAUUUAAUUUUAAUACUUGUUAAUUAUAAGGCGUUUAGAGAAUCAAAGAAUUCAAAUGACCAAUACUAUUUUUAUACAAUACUAGCAGAAGAUGUACCUUCAUAUAAUAGAGUUAGAAAUAAGGAUCUUCAUCCAUAUAUAGUUUUAAGAGAAACAAGUAAUUUUAGAGUUUCAGCAGAUAAAAAACUCAGAGAUGAAGUUAAUGCACCACCUGGUAUUACAAGAAGAACAGAUCCAACUUAUUUUGAUUUAGUUACUGAAUCAGAAAUGUUAGAUUCAAAGAAACAAAGAAGAAAUGAAAGACAGAUUAGGCAUUUACUUGAUGAUAAUUAUAAUGAUGAAAAUGGUUUAAUGUCAAGUUUUCUCAAUACCUCCUCAUCGUUAUUAUCAGUUGGAGAUAAUUCAUUCAUGAAUAGGAGUGAUUUUUCAACUGAUUCAACAAAAAAACCAAAUAAGAAUACCAAUACAAAUGGAAGCUUAGCUCAAGAAUUAACAGAUUUAUCACUUGAAGAUUUGUUAGAAAAUUUAACACAUAGCAAACAAUUUGAAAAUCAAUUGAAAAAAGAUAACAAUGAAAAAAAUCAAGAAGAAUCAAUAGAACAAAGAUUACAAGAAAUUUAUGACAAGAUUGAAAAUUCUCAAAAGAAAAAGAAUACUUCAAAUUAUUUGGAUAAUCCAUUAAGUUUUGAAGAUGAAUUGAGAGAACAAUUUAGAAGAUCACAACAAGAAAAAUCAAUUCAAUCUUUUGAUGCUGAAAUUGAUCAUUCCUUAGAAGAUUCAUACUCAAUGGGAGAUGGAUACGAAUUGGACGAUGAUUUUUUACAUCAAGAUGACGAAGAUGAUGAACCAAUUGAUCUUCCUGAACCUUCUUCAAAUAUUGAGUAUGAUGAAGAUGAUGUAUCCAAUCCAGAUGAAGAUGAUGAAGAUGAUAGAAGAAGCGAUGAAGAUGAUCUGAAUGAAUUAAAUUCAUCAACAAUGUCAAAUUAUGAUAAGGAAUUACAAUUAAAAUCCUUAAAAGAAAAACUUACAAGGAAAACGACAGAAUUAUCCGAAGAAGAAUUGAAUGAACAAUCAUCACCUAGAGCACACAGUGGUGGAGUAAAUGAUUUUCCAUCUCCAACCACAUCAGCAAGUUUAAUUUCGCCACCAAUUUCUCCCAACACUUAUUAA